AUGGCAAUACCGAUUAGAAUGCAAGAUGUUUGGUUGAAUAAACACAUAGCAGUGGCACCACGGAUUGGAGUGCGUACGGUUUGGCAAGAAAAUCACAAGAAAACAGAAAAACCAGUAAGAAUUCGAGAGGUUUGGCAGGAGAAUUUGGAACAAGAAUUCAGAAUUAUUCAAAGCGUUCUUGCCCGAUAUCCCUAUGUAUCUAUGGAUAUUGAGUUUCCGGGGGUGGUUUACCAUUCAGAUAAGCAUUACUCUUUACUUUCUCCCUCGGAAUGUUACUUGUUGAUGAAAAAAAACGUUGAUGCUUUGAAAAUCAUUCAAUUCGGUCUUACUCUAUCGGACGGGCAAGGAAACCUCCCGAAUCUUGGGACCGAAUUCUGCUACAUAUGGGAAUUUAAUUUCCGGGAUUUCGAUGUUGAUAAUGAUCUCCACAACGCCCAAUCAAUUGAUUUGUUGAAGCGCCAAGGAAUUGAUUUCUUGAAGAACAAGCGAAGGGGAAUCUGUUCACGUCAAUUCGCACGGCUUUUCAUGCUAUCUGGACUAUCCUUUCGUCUUGAUCCUUUAUGGUUAGAUAGGAAUACAAGGACAUUGGUGACGUUCCAUGGCACGUAUGAUUUCGGUUUCUUGGUCAAGAUUUUGAUUCAAAGAGAAUUGCCUCACAAUCUUUCGGAUUUUAUGAUGUUGAUCAGAGUGCAUUUUGGGAUUACGGUCUAUGACAUGAAGCAGAUGAUUGGGUUUUGUGGGCUGUAUGGUGGCCUCGAGCAGGUUGCGACGAGUUUAAAGAUUGAAAGAAUGGCCGGAAAAAGUCACCAGGCGGGUUCUGACAGUCUGCUCACUAUGCAAACUUUUAUGGAAUUAAGAAAGAGUUAUUUCAACGGACAGAGAAUGGGGUUGUUAAACAAGUUCAACUACAUUUUGACUGGAUUAACCAAAGUGUGUUAG